UAGGGUUUGUUUGCCAGUAAGUGGCAGUAGGAUUCUGGGUAGGGUCUGAAUGAAAGCCAAAAGGUCUGGAGGUCGGACAGAAUAAAGGUCGGGAAAAGGAAGAAAGGUCGGGCGGAGUCUAAAAAAAAAGGGUGUACCCAAGUCGGGUAAACCGUAGUCGGAUGGAAGGCGAAGUCGGGCAGACGCGGAGGUUUGUCAAGAGGAAGGUCGGGCAAGGAAGAGGUACGGACAGACGCGGAGGUCUUCGGUCAAAGACGGAGGGCGGCUGAUGCGGAGGUCGGCCCAAGUGAGGUCGGGCGAAGAAGCAGGUCGGGUGAAGGACGAAGUCGGGCAAAAGAAAUUUGGCAGUGGACAGGCAGGUCGGGUAAGAGGCAGGUCUGAGUUCUGUGACUGGUGGGAACGGUUGAAGGAAGUUGUAAUACGUGUCAAUAGAGGAGAAAUUGGUGGUCGGUUGACAGCGGUUGCUGUAACCGACCAGACGGCGGUUCAAACCGUUUUCUCUGAAAGGCUAUUUAAAUGAUUCAAAUCCGUCAGAAAAGGCAUCUUCAAUCAACUUCAACAAAGCAAAGUCAGAUUUGGGGAUCACCACUUUAAAUUUCAGUCUUUUAUUUUCCAGUUUAUUUUCUGUACCAUACAGUGUUUAGAGAUUCCUAAUCUCAGGCACUAAUUAAUCAAGUUUAAGGAUAUUUUCUAUAUCUUUGAAUUUUACUUUAUUUUUGUUGAAAAAAUACAUCAACAAAUUGGCGACCACAGUGGGAGCAAGACAAAAUUGCUCAUUCCAAUUCCGGCGAUAAUUUCAUACGUCUUAGAUCCGGCCGAAUCAUCGGAAGGGUUAUGGCAGGUUCACAACCGCAAUCAUCUUCGACACCGGUGGGAGAAUCCGUUCCACCACCCAUUGUGCCAAAUGCCGGGGAAAUCCCACAACCACCAACUGAUUGGUGGUCUUAUGUUCAACAAAUGAACAACCAGCAUACCUUGGUUAUGCAGAAUAUGUUGCGUGAGCAACAAACGAACUUGUUGCGUGAACAACAAAAUCUAAUGCAAAACAUGUUGGAUCAGGCAUUCUCCAGAUUCACCCUGUAUCCAAACAUGCUUCCAGCCGUGUCACCUUCUCGUUUUCAGGCGACUUUCUCAGGAUCAACGUUUGCAGAACCAUCAUACGUUGACAGUACGUUUCCAAGCGUUACAACUUUCAACCGAACAGAUAUGGGGAAGAUUCCUCUAACUUUCCCAGAUAAUGUUCCUUUGGGACCGAGGGUUGAUAAUACCCAGCCGAAUGAGAGAUUAGAGGGACAGACUCAUAAUCCCAUCCCAGCCGAACCAGCCUUCUCCAGAGAAGAAAGAUUGGGAGGUCAGACUCACGAUCACAUUCCAGUGUUCGACCAUAUUCCACCCAGAGUAGAUCCGGAGGAUAUUGCUCAAGUUCUGCGGGUGCAUUUCGGAAUGAAUCCGCAAACGGUGAACAGGCCGGUUUACCAGAGGCCAUUUCCAGAAAGGAUCAUUAACGAUCAUCCUCUCCCGAGAAAUUAUAGGCCACCAGACUUCAAUUCUUUUUCGGGAGAAGACGGAGCCUCUACCAUUGAACAUGUGGGUCGCUUCACGGCUCAAUUGGGAGAAGUAGGCAACAAUCCGUUUCACAAGUUACAAUUGUUUGGGUUGUCGCUCACAAGAACAGCUUUUUCUUGGUAUGCCAGUCUGCCGCCUGGACAGUUGCAAACUUGGGAAGAUUUAGAGGCAGAUUUUCAUGCAAGGUUCUUUACUCCUCUGCCGACAGUCUCACUGAUAGACCUUCUGGAGAUCACGCAGAUGCCGGAAGAGACCGGCUACCAAUUCAUAGAGAGGAUGCGAUUGAUGAAGGGACGAUGUCCUACGAUGAUCAAUGAAAGCGAAAUGACCAAUCUGGUGGUCAGGAACAUGCAUACCAGACUUCGCGAGGCCCUGACAGCCCACGACUUUCAAGAUCUGGCCAGUUUAGCAUCCACGGCAAGAAGGUUAGAAUCCUUUUUUACAGAAAAUAAUCAUGACUUCCGUCAGGGGGGAGAUGCUGAAGCAAUGUUAGUGCAAGAUCGACCAACGUCCAGGCCAGCACCAUUCCGCGAUAAAUGGAGGUCGGGUCCAACGUAGCCUCGAAGGAUGGAGGUCGGAUCUGAGGCUGACGUAGCCUCGGAUGCCGGCCUGCAAACUCCUAAAACAUCACUGGAAGUGAUGUUUAGGAGUCUUGAGGAGGAGGUUUAUUGUUAAGCACAAAAAAUAAUAAUAAUAGUAAGUGGCAGUAGGAUUCUGGGUAGGGUCUGAAUGAAAGCCAAAAGGUCUGGAGGUCGGGCAGAAUAAAGGUCGGGAAAAGGAAGAAAGGUCGGGCGGAGUCUAAAAAAAAAGGGUGUACCCAAGUCGGGUAAACCGUAGUCGGAUGGAAGGCGAAGUCGGGCAGACGCGGAGGUUUGUCAAGAGGAAGGUCGGGCAAGGAAGAGGUACGGACAGACGCGGAGGUCUUCGGUCAAAGACGGAGGGCGGCUGAUGCGGAGGUCGGCCCAAGUGAGGUCGGGCGAAGAAGCAGGUCGGGUGAAGGACGAAGUCGGGCAAAAGAAAUUUGGCAGUGGACAGGCAGGUCGGGUAAGAGGCAGGUCUGAGUUCUGUGACUGGUGGGAACGGUUGAAGGAAGUUGUAAUACGUGUCAAUAGAGGAGAAAUUGGUGGUCGGUUGACAGCGGUUGCUGUAACCGACCAGACGGCGGUUCAAACCGUUUUCUCUGAAAGGCUAUUUAAAUGAUUCAAAUCCGUCAGAAAAGGCAUCUUCAAUCAACUUCAACAAAGCAAAGUCAGAUUUGGGGAUCACCACUUUAAAUUUCAGUCUUUUAUUUUCCAGUUUAUUUUCUGUACCAUACAGUGUUUAGAGAUUCCUAAUCUCAGGCACUAAUUAAUCAAG